GAGUCAUAGAAGAGGGACUAUAUCCACAGAUAUAAUCAAAUAAUGAAGCCUCUCGCUGUCUGCUCUUCACGUCGACUCCCCCUGCUCGCCGUCGCCUCCCCUGUGAAGCCACCGGCCGGAGACCUUCGAUAGCCACAAGUCCGUCGCUCCCAACCCCAGAUUCCUUUGGAUGUGCAGUGAGCAUGAAGAUGAUAAGCUAUAAUCAUAUUCCAAAAUCAAGUAUUUUAAUCGUGCAGCAUGAGAUAUCUACCCUUACGUUUUGCAAGCCUCUAACACCAACUAUACUGAUUUCAAAUCAAUACCAGAAGAGAAUCAAUUUCAUCACAAAAUUACAAUGUUCUGUUUCCAGUAGACCAUAUGCAUCAAACUCAGUAGACUCCAAAUCAGACUCUGUUCGUAUGAACCGAAAACAAGGAGGAUCCUCAUCAAUAUACAGCCGUGCUAGCUUACUAGAAAUGAAGAACGAAAGGAUUGCAAAUCGAGCCCGUGUUUAUGAUUUCUUAAAAAGUAUCGGUAUAGAACCAGAUGAGCUUGAUGGGUUGGAGCUUCCUGUAACAGUUGAUGUCAUGAAAGAACGUGUUGAUUUUCUUCACACAUUAGGGUUAACAAUAGAAGACAUUAACAAUUACCCUCUUGUCCUCGGUUGUAGUGUCAAGAAAAACAUGAUCCCAGUCCUUGAUUUUUUAGGUAAGUUGGGUGUUAGGCGAUCUACUUUGACAGAUUUCUUGAGAAGAUACCCUCAAGUUCUUCAUGCCAGUGUUGUGGUAGAUCUUGCACCUGUUGUUAAAUAUCUAGAAGGCAUGGACAUCAAACCAAAUGACAUUCCUAGAGUUCUUGAAAAGUAUCCGGAAGUUUUGGGGUAUAAACUUGAAGGGACAAUGAGCACAUCUGUAGCUUAUUUGGUGGGAAUUGGAGUUGCAAGAAGAGAAAUUGGUGGGGUUUUGACUCGAUAUCCAGAGAUUCUUGGAAUGAGAGUUGGAAGAGUGAUUAAACCCUUUGUUGAUUAUCUUGAAAGUUUAGGGAUACCAACAUUAGCUGUCGCCAGGCUAAUCGAAACACGGCCCCACAUACUCGGGUUCGGACUUGAACAAAAAGUCAAACCAAAUGUCAACUCUCUAAAACAAUUUGGUGUCAGGGAGGCGUCUAUUUCCUCUGUCAUUGCACAGUAUCCUGAAAUCAUAGGUUUGGACCUUGGGUCAAGGUUACUAAAACAACAAAGCUUCCUCAAUUCCAUAAUCGAUUUCAGUCAUGAAGAUUUUGGGAAAAUUAUUGAGAAAAUGCCACAGAUUGUGAGCUUGAGUAACACACCGGUUAUCAAGCAUGUGGAUUUUUUGAAAAAUUGUGGGUUCUCAUUAGAUCAAGUGAAAAAGAUGGUUGUUGGGUGUCCACAACUGCUUGCUUUGAAUAUGGAUAUAAUGAAAUUAAAUUUUGAUUAUUUUGAAAGCAAGAUGGGACGGGAGUUGGAUGAGUUGGUUGAUUUUCCGGCUUUUUUUACUUAUGGUUUGGAGUCGACUAUAAGACCAAGGCAUCGGAUGGUUGCUAAAAAGGGACUUAAAUGUUCUCUUGCUUGGCUUCUUAACUGUUCUGAUGCCAAGUUUGAGGAACGGAUGAAUUACGACACGAUUGAUAUGGAGGAGAUGGAAGAUGAUUCGUCAUUUGAUAUGAAUACUUUAAUGGAACCCAGAAAUGAUGGAUCGGAUUCUGAUUUUGACGAGGACAGUGAUGAAGAGUACUUGUAGCAUCUUGAUUAUGCUAGCACAAGAACGAAUUUAGUGGAGCCUACAUGCUCAAAAUAUUAUGAGGUAUGUAAGAUAUCUUACAUUAUAUCACUUUAUUUUUGUCUCUCCCCAUGUAUUAGUUUUCAUAAUCAAUGACAGAAAAAUAGUACUUACAAAUUAGUGAACCGUUAUGCAAAUCAAUGUCUAAAUCAGGUUUUAGAAGUUAAAAUUGUAUUGGUUUUUCUUAAUGUAUUUUCUUGCACUCCAGUUUUAUGAAUACAUAUUAGUAUGAUUUUUGUUGCCUAAAA